AUGUCUCCCCCGCACCCGCCUGCUCUCUCCAUCGACACAGACCACACCCUCCUCGUCCACCCCAUGGACCCCUCCCCCUCCCCCAGCCUCUGUCCCACUCUGCUGUCCUCCACCUCCCUCGCAACCUCCCCCUCCUCCCUCUCCUCGUACCCGAACACCCCGCCAGAGGUAAGCGCCGCCUCCACGCCGCUCUCCUCCCCGUCGCUCGAAGCACCGCCCCCCGUUGCCCGUCAACGCGGCGUGUCAAGUUCAAACCAAAAACGCGCGUAUCGCCGCGAGGCCAACCGCCUGGCAUUUCCACCCGGUAUCCCUCGCGAUAUGCUCGUGUCCUUCAGCGCUGUCCCAGACUCCAAGCCUGCCUAUCCCUGGGCUCCCGACGGCGCAUAUACCCACUCUCCUCUUGACGAGGACACCGCAUAUCGCCACUUUGGCGCGUCUGACGAGAUCGACAGCGACGGCGACAGGUAUGACUACGACCUUUCGUCCAACGCGUCGUCCAAGUCCUCGCUCUCUCCUUCGCCAUCGCUCAUGAAGGAGCUCUGGAACCGCCGCCGCCUCACGUCGCCAGAUUUCCCCUUUCUUGCCACUGGCCCUCCGGAAACGUUCACCUCCGAGUUCAGGGUAAAACUCUCGAUUCCGUACGUCCCCAAGGCCGCCGAUCUCCCUGCGGCCACAGACCAAUACGGCCAGGGCGAUCAGCCUACGCCCACUUUUUUGUCCGCCGAGCAUGGUCAGCCCGUGGGUUGGCCUGGUCACGAGAUGCACCAAACUUCCCCUGCCCACCAGUAUCAUCAGCAAAUGGGCAUGCCCGACAUUUACCCUUGGCCAGGGUCCGCAUCUGCGCACGAGCAACCUUCACACCCCAUAUUUUAUCCCCCACCGUCGCAUCCCCCACCCUCGAUGACCCUGCCCUGUCACUCUCUAUAUGCCUAUACACCGCACGGCGCCUACAUAAAGUCUUCUCUGGACCAGUCGCAUACAUUCGCCUUGCGUUCUGCUCAUAAUUUCCCGACGGCCUCAGGGCCAAGCCCACACCUUUUCCUCCCGACAACCCACAUACCCACUGAUUUGCACUUAUCAAAGGCACGGUACGGCCUCGCACAUCACCAGCACUACUCCGAUACCGAACAUCUUCACUACGCGAACACUCUCGCGGUCUGGGGCCUAUCGAACCCGGCUUCGGCUCAUCCCGCUUUGCUUGCACAGGCGCCUCUGUCCGCAGACCCAAAGCCGAAAAUGCACGCGUGCAACCUCUGCCCGCGCAUGUUCAACCGGCCGAACGGGCUCGCAAUUCACGUUAAGUCUCAUAAACGUAGGGCGGCGCAAUUACAGGCGCAGGCGCAGGCCGAAGCGGAGGCCGAAGCGGAAGCGGAUGCUACUGGUGCGAACCAUCAGCGCGGCGAGUAUGACCAGGAGGACGAGAAUCCACGGAAGCGUGCGCGCCGAGCGAAGAGCGAGGAGCUCGAGCUCAUGGACAUAAGUCAUGGUACGGAGGUGCAGAUGCAGAACGUCGAUAUCGACGUUCAGACCGCGGGUGAUAGCAACGUGGAGCGGCUGGAGUAUCAUGGGUUUCAUGUACUUCCUGGAAGCUCUGAAUUCUCGCUCUCGCUCCCGGUCCCGGCGCAGUUCAAUUAUAGCCGUCCACGGUACCCAUCUGCAAGCCAACACUAUGCGAUGACCGCCAUUGAGGGCGCUGAUUGUCCAACCGCGUCUGCGCUGUUCGGCGGUGUGACUCCUCCCUCAGCCGCAUUAGUUGGUGUCCACGGCACGCCAUCAGGAAUAUCCAUGCCGAUGCCGGCACCAGUUCCAGUGCCAGUGAAUGAUGUGGAUGUGGAUGUGGAUGUGGAUGGGGGACCUGUACCGUUUCUCACGCCGCUGCAGGGCUUUGCGACGCUUGAAGCGCUGCCGUUCAUGCAGAGUGUGCACAGUUGA